AUGGCCUCUGAUUUCUCCUACACAUUUUUUCGCGUUUCGCAGACUGACCAAGUAAAGACUUCGGCUAGUCAGUAUCGCAAUCUUCGCCUCAAAGCUCUGAAAACAUCUCCCGACUCAUUUUCUUCGACAUACGAAAUCGAAGCAGCCUUCAACGACGAGGUUUGGGAACAUCGUCUUUGCGAGAAGGGUAAAGAAACGUUCAUUUGCUCCGCGUCUCAUAAUACCUCGGGGGACACCGAAUGGGUUGGGCAAUUAACGCUACGAGGCCCUCUCAGCCGGGCUGAGUACGAUUUGCCAAACGAGUCAGGCCAACCGCCCGCGGACCAAGACAUGCAUGCAGAGCUCUGGCAGAUGUUGAGCUUGUUCAACCUUCCGGACCAUCGGGGCCGCGGGCUAGGGAAAAAGCUUUGCCAGGAGGCAUUGCUCUACCUAGAGAACGAGAGAACUGCUUCAAGUCUGGUUGUCCGACUCAUGGUGAAGCCGCAGAACACGGCCACGGUGCAUCUAUACCAGGGUCUUGGGUUCAAGGACGCUGGCCGGUGCACGCUGGCAGAAGCGCUUUUGGCAAACGGCGAUUCCAACCUCUUGCCCAAAGAUUACUCCACUCGAAGCGAGUACACUACUCGUUCAGGAUUGAUCAUGACACGCCGGAUAGGGAAUCACGGCUCCCCCAAAAGUCCGAACGGCUGUGAAGCCGGCCAAAGCCGAGGCCGGAUAGUUCGUAAAAAUAUUCAAGAUGUACACUUGAAGGUGAUUCUGUUCGUAAGCAUCGCGUCAGCAACUUUGAACAAGUUCAGAAGACAUACGCUCGUCUAG